GAAGACGACUUGAUUGAAAGCUCUUUCUCUGGCCCACCCUCAAGAAAAUGGUCCAUCCGCUACCAUUUCAUCUGGAAGCCGCACCCCACUGUCUUAAAACCUUAUCUCGUGGCUUUCUAGUCUUUCAUAAAGCCUUGUUCAGUUACUCGUGUCCAAAUUUAUUGUGAAAAUGGAUAUAUGAAGAUAACUGCAUAAAAUACGCGCGACUUAUCGCCAAGUUUAUAGCUGACAAUCCAAUGGCAAGCAAAAGCUUUAGUCUUUCAUGGCUGCUGCUCAUCAGUCUCUCCUCCACUCUCCUUGUUGAUCAUUCAGUUUCUCAGAAUGACCGAAAGGCUUAUAUUGUGUACAUGGGCAACAGAAAGAUGGAUGAGGUUUCCACAUCAUCCCUUCACACAAGCAUGCUACAAGAAGCCAUUGGCAGCAACGUUGGACCAGAUUCACUCCUUUAUAGCUACAGCAGAAGUUUUAGUGGAUUUGCAGUGAAGUUAACCGAACAAGAAGCCCAAAAAAUGGCUGGAAUGGACGGCGUAAUAUCCGUGUUUCCUAACGAACAAAAAAAGCUUCAUACAACAAGGUCGUGGGACUUCCUCGGAUUUCUGCAACAAGUUGAGCGAACAGCUGUCGAAAGCAACAUCAUUAUUGGAGUUCUUGACACUGGAAUUUGGCCGGAGUCUGACAGCUUCAAGGACAAAGGAUUUGGUCCACCACCUAGAAAAUGGCGGGGCACCUGCCGAGCCUCAACCAAUUUUACUUGCAACAACAAAAUCAUUGGAGCACAGUAUUACCGUAGCCCUGGAGAUUUUGACGAAACUGAUAUAAAAUCUCCAAGAGACUCAGAUGGCCAUGGGACGCAUACUGCAUCAAUAGCAGGUGGGAGCGUGGUUAACAUGGCAAGCGUGCAGGGCAUUGGCUUGGGAACAGCACGAGGAGCGGUUCCAUCGGCUCGCAUUGCUGUUUACAAAAUAUGUUGGGUCAUUGGCUGCUCUGAUGCCGACAUUCUUGCAGCAUUUGAUGAUGCCAUUGCCGAUGGCGUUGACAUAAUAUCUAUUUCCGUCGGUGGAUCCACUGGGGCCUAUUUUAGUGAUUCAAUUUCCAUUGGUGCCUUUCAUGCUAUGAGAAAAGGAAUCUUGACAUCAACUUCUGCUGGUAACAGGGGUCCAGGUUUAGCAACCCUCACCAACUUUUCGCCAUGGUCUCUCUCUGUGGCUGCAAGCGCUAUAGAUCGAAAGUUCUACACUCAGGUCCAAUUGGGUAACAACAAGAUUUAUCAGGGACUUUCCAUUAAUACAUUUGACCUCAAGAACAAAACUUAUCCAAUCAUUUAUGGCGGUGAUGCACCAAACACCACAGAAGGCAAUUCGGGGUUCCCAUCCAGGCUUUGCUUCCCAGAUACGCUGGACCAAAAUUUGGUGAAAGGUAAAAUUGUUCUUUGCGAUGGCUUGGGUGAUGGGCUAGGGCCACUCUUAGCCGGUGCAGUUGGCACCGUGUAUCAAGGUCGACGCACUGAGGUUGCUCUCUCUUUUCCCCUGCCUGCAUCUUCCCUUCGCUCGGAGGAUGGUAGCAGCGUUUACAUAUACAUAAAUACGACAAGGAGACCAACUGCGGCUAUUCGUAAGACCAAAGAGCGGAAAGAUACAUUUGCGCCUUAUAUUCCCUCCUUCUCAUCAAGGGGUCCUAAUCCUACUACACCCGACAUUCUCAAGCCGGAUUUAGCUGCUCCCGGGGUUAACAUUCUGGCAGCUUGGUCUCCAAUUUCCCCAAUUUCUGAAGUAGAUGUUGAUAAGAGAGCACUUUCAUAUAAUAUAUUGUCCGGGACAUCAAUGGCUUGCCCACAUGCUUCAGGGGUGGCUGCUUACAUCAAAUCCUUUCACCCUACAUGGUCACCUGCUGCUAUCAAGUCAGCUCUUAUGACUACUGCGACCCCCAUGAGUGCUGGAAAGAACCCAGAAGCUGAAUUUGCAUACGGUGCAGGCAAUAUAAAUCCUCUUCAAGCUCCACAUCCUGGUUUAGUAUAUGAUAUGAAUAUGCUUGACUACGUAAAAUUUUUGUGUGGACAAGGAUAUAAUACUAAGUUAUUACAAAUUGUUGCCGGGGACAACAGUACUUGUUCUGAAGCCACCAAUGGAAGCGUCUUUGAUCUAAACUAUCCUUCCUUUGCAAUAUCCACAUCGCGCCCGGAAUCUAUCAAUCAAGCUUUCAACCGGACCGUCACCAAUGUUGGAUCACCAACAUCUACAUAUAAAGCUAUUGUGACCACUCCACCUGGACUUACAAUCAAAGUGAACCCUAGCGUUCUAUCAUUUACAUGUCUUGGACAAAAGUUAUCGUUUGCGCUCACAAUUGAAGGAAAAAUAGAAAAUUCCGUUGUCUCGGCUGCUUUAGUUUGGUAUGAUGGUACCUUCCGAGUGAGGAGCCCCAUUGUAGUGUAUGUUGCAUGAUUUGUGCACAUCUAUUCUAUAUGUAUUACGUAAAUAAUUGAAUCAAAAGCUUUGAGGAAUAUGCAUAUCAAAACAGUGGGGGAACAUGGAGGAAAAUGGUUGUAAUUUGAGCAUUUGCUACAAUUCUGCACUGCAUUGUAAUGCA